AUUGGCGACUACCCUCUCUUCCUUCGCCGCCUCCAGUCUGCACCCUCCGGUUUCUACUUGGCCUCAGAGAGUCCCGUACUCAAUAUUUCCCGCGGUGGACAGUACGAACCCGCCCCUCUCUCGCCUGCCACCCUCCCUCCGCAACGUGUGAACGUUAAGUGUCGGUCAAAUUACUCGCGUCAGUUGGCCGCAGCCCAACUCAUCGCUCAACGUUUUGCCAGCGCCCUUCCCGACUACGACUCCGUGCUGCGCAGAGAGCGCCGGUCCUGCAACUAUGAAAAACCCGCCGCCUGCUGUUUAGCCACCCUCGUACCUUCGCCGGCCUUUGUGGAACAUUUUCAGACCAUUGCCUUCACCAAACUCUCUCCCCUUGACUCUGCCUCAUCCCUCCCCCUGCACGAUGAGCUGCGCUCAAAUGCGGUGAUUGCCAGUUGA